CAAGGCCAAUUGUGGUUUGCGGCAAGCGAAACGCGUUUUUUCCAUUCUUCUCUUGUUUACUUUCCUACUACUUUGUCUCCGGAUUAAUCAUGAUGAUAGAGAUUUAUAAUUGGAAAUUCGGGCCCCUCCAAGAAUUUGACUGUCCAAAAAACGAGACGAAAAAAUCCGAAAAAUUUCGUCAUCAUUCCGGGUCUGAAAAGCCAGGAGAGAAAUUCGUGAUUCUGCGCCAGAGAAGCCAGCAGCAGGGAAAACGGGGCUUCAAAGGUGUUCCUCUUCUCUAUCAGUUCAGACAUGCUUUGAAAAAUAAAAAAAAACCUGCUUUCAUUGAGAAUUCCCGGUCCGAGAAAAAUUAUCACCGAGAGGCGAAAGACCAGGCGUUCAUCUUCCCUGAUGCA